AAAACCAUUAAAAUCAGCAAAAACAUUGAACACAACAAUAAAACACUGAACAUCUGGUCGUUCUCAAAGUCAGUCAUCAAUGUCAAUGUUAGUAUGUUAGUAAGUUAGUUUAUCAGUCGUAACACAUUCAUAGUUACAUUCACCUAUAUUCAAUUGAGCAGUUAGUUCCAAGGUAAAAGUAAAAAAACACAGAACAUGGCUUCAUAACCCGAUCUCCCUGCUGACAGGCACUCUGUGCUUUAUUCACCAGCAGCAGAAUGUGACACAUGUACCAUGCAUCCACCAUCCUGCACCAAAACCUGCUGCACUGAUAAUCUCUGCUGGAGCAUCAGCUGCUCACAGACUAUUUAGGAGCCCAGGAACCCAGUCUGGAGUCUGCAAGAGAAAUGAGCAUCAGGGUGAAAACGUGAUCCAUGAUCCGAACCAGAAUACCCGUAGAGAACCGUCCUUUCCCUUGGAAUAGAGAUGACAGGGCGGUCCGUAGCCAGGUAAUCCCAGACCAGAGACUGAUGUUUAGUCUCCCUCCAGAUGUUGACCCUCCUGUGACAUUGUCUCUGUUCACUCCAGUCCUGCAGAAACAUCCUUGUUUGGUUGUUUCGAACACAGAGUCUACAGCUGCAAACCAAAAAUCCAGUGACGACAGCAUUCUGCCAGACCUAGAAAAGACAACGUCUCCUCCCUUAGUCUGUAGCGGCAGAUUAGACCACAGUCCAGGUCUUCCUGAAGACCAGGACCAGUUCUUCUCCUCCAGAUCUUCUCCUCCAGAACGUGUCCAAGGAACGUCACUUUCAGCUGCAGCUGGGCUCAGGAUGCUCGGCGGCCUCCCUCAGGAAGACGGUUCAAGAGUAGAACAGUUUCAGGCUCUUCAAGCUUCCUUCAACCUUUUGGUGCGAAAACAUCAUCCUCAUACUGUAUCAGUGUUCCACCUGACAGUUCCAGAUGCAGAUCCCCUCACUGCCGAUGCACAAACUCCCAGACUAGAGACAAAGUCCUGGGCCAAAUGUGAAGCAUUAUUUACCUUUUUAGGUGAAUGCAAGCAAAUGUUGCCUUUCAGGAUCCAAUCUGAGUGAAAAUAUUCCAGCAGACAGGUCAGACAGGUCAGACAGGUCAACGACUGGACAGUAGCAUGAGUCAGAGGUCCAAAAGACAAAAUUAUUUCAAAAUCAGCAGAUUCUGGAGUCGCAAAUAGUACAGUUCAGUUGAUUUCUAUAAAAUCUUGGAAAAAUGUCCACCCAUCAGGUUCUCCUUGUCUUGGUGUAGAAAGAGUCGGUACUAAACAUCAUUGAAUCAUUCAUUGACUUCAUAAGACAUUCAAUACCUCCCAUGACUUCUGGACAAACAUUCUAUUGUCUCCCUGUAGCAGUUCAACAUUUAGCUCCAGUGUGAUUCUUCGAGGUUUAGGCCCAAUCCCAAUUCUCUGCUUAAUCCUCACUCCUCAACCUCGAUCCUCAAUCUCAAAUUGAGUGCCUCCUUAAAACAAGUGUUAAGGAAUGUAAUGUCACUUGGAAAUGGGACAACCCUUAAACACAGUUACGUCCUUGGACGACAGGGGGCAGCACUGCGCAAGAGGGUAGAAGAAAGCCGGAAGUGGAACAUCGGGAAAUAAACAGUAGAAGCAACAAUGCCGGUGGAAGCUGCAGUAAUCUCCAUAGCGUGGACUUUGGGAAUCUUUUUAAGAUUGUCCAUAGCGAGAAGAAAAGCCGUAAGACGGAGAAGACAUUUUCGAAGAAUGGCGACGCUGAUGGCUCAGAUACAGAGUGGCCGUGCUGUGUCUUACUGCCAGCUGAACCAGGAUGUGCCUGUACUCCGGCUGUGGUUCAAUGUGGAGGCAGAACUACAGCAGGACUUUCGCCUGACCAGAAGAGCCAUGCAGGGGCUACAGAGACUUCUGCAGAGGGAACAGGACCAUGGCUGGGGCUCUCAACUUGAGGUCCUGAUAUAUGUGUACUGGCUGGCCCACGGACUCUCUUACCGAGUUGUGUCAAGUGUUUUUUGUGUUCCAAGGUCCACUGUCCACCGCGUAAUCCACAGAGUUGCACAUCUGAUCUGGCGUAACCUGAAGCUGGCUAUCAGUUUUCCACGCCUCGAGGAUCUCAACACAAUUGGAGAAGCAUUUGGACAACUUGCAGGAACCCCCGUCCUCAAUUGUGUUGUUGGAGCAAUUGAUGGUUGCCAUUUCCGAAUCAAACCUCCUGCCCAUCACAGAAUCGACUACCUUAACUACAAAGGUUUCUUUUCAAUCAACAUGCAGGUCAUUUGUGAUGCAAAUGGCAGGUUUUUGGACAUCUUUGUGGGCUAUCCUGGUGCUGUGCAUGACACUCGCAUAUUAAAAAACAGUCCUUUUUACAAAGCACAACUAUACCCUCCAGCAGAAUACAUCCUUCUGGGUGAUGGCGGCUAUCCAUGUUUAGCGACGCCCAUCAGCCUCUUAACACCAUACAGAGAACCUGUGCGGGACCGGUCAGAGUCCAGAUUCAAUUAUCACCACUCCCGGGCUCGCAGCAUCAUUGAAAGGGCUUUUGGUGUCCUGAAGACACGAUGGAGGUCUACCCUUUUUCGAGCCCUAGAGGUUAGACCAACAUUCUCCCCAGUGGUCAUUGCUACCUGUGCCUUUUUGCAUAAUGUGUGUUUGGACAACGGUGACGUGUUGGAGCCAGACACUGACAUUGCACAAGACAUGUACGACCCUCGACCACCACCUGCCCCACUGGCGAAUGAGCAGUCAGGAAGUGCCAAAAGGGACCAGCUGGCUGCAUUACUCUCUGGCCUGGAGCAGCAGUGCUAAACUUUGGUCAAUGAUCAAUAACAACAGCCUGUAUAACUAGUAAUGUGCCCUGCAAUAGAAAUGUUUAACAUGUUGCAUGUGUGACCUUGUAAAUAAAUGCUUUCAAAUGAAUUUUCUUGAUUUCUUUCUAAUAGCCGUUGUAAAUAUCUGUGAAAGAAACGUAACACAAUUACUCCCAAAGUAAAAAUUCUUUAUUAAAAAAAUCACAGCAAAACAAACUAACAGGUAAAACACAUACAAUAAUAAAUAAACAGUGCAAAUUUUUAACCUGAGAACCUUAAGAGGGGGAAAGAAAGUUACAUUUUGUCCACCAUUCGUUCAAACAAAUCGAGGAAGCGGUCGGUUUUUGCCUCACUCUCCUCAUGGCGCCUUUGCUCCCGUUCACUCUCUGCCUUCAAAAAAUCCAAGGUUGGGUUAGAUUUUCUCUUCUUCUUUCUGGGAGAAGGUGUUGGGGGGCUCUCCUCAGAUCUGGUGGCAGAGGUGGACUGAACACUUGCAGAUGAGGAGGCUGCUGAAGCGGAGGCAGCAGAUGUGGAGGCAGCAGAUGCAGAGGCAGCAGAUGUGGAUGCUGAGGCUGAAGAGGAUGGGCCUUCAACCAUGUCCUGGUUAAACAACAGCAAUGUAUUACUAAUUGAUAAUGUCCAGGUUUUGCUGAAGUUUUUGUUAACAAUAAAUACUUCUAAUAUGUUUUUCUUUGACACUUACUAAGAGCAGUGUUGUGGGGUCCUCUUCUGAGGAAGCAGAGGCCACCAGCAGGGGAGGAUCAAUGGAGGGACGACCACCAAGCACUGCAUGCAUGUCCUCGAAAUACACCCAAGACGCUGCAGUUUCUUCUCCUCCGUCUGUCCCCGACCCCGUCUUGGGUGUUUUUAGCUCCUACAACACAAGAGUGGAAAAGCAUUGGAUGGUCACAUAUUAAUAGGGGAGAAAGCACAGAAAGACACUGCAAUCAUUCGUCAUACACAUAAAUAUAAAUGAAAGAAAAUAACUACUUUCAAAUUACCUUGUAGCGUUGUUUUAAGUUGUCCCAUUUUUUGGCUGCCUGCAGAGGGGUGACCAUCCCCUCCAAAUUGUGUUCUUUGAUGAACUGCCUGUAUAAUAAAAAGGAAUAGUAAGGAUGGCAACAUGAAUAUAACGGUUUAGAAACCAGGAAUUACGGAUACUCACUCCCAGAGUUUUUUUGGAGCCUGUUUGUUCUUCAGGAAGCCCUUGUCAUUGCUGUCUCUGAAGCGUAUUAAGGCACGGGUGGCAUCCGUAGUCCCUGAAGUAAAGUGCAUUUGCAAAAUUACAGGCUGCAUAUAUAUUUAAUAAUGACAAGCCAGUUCGCUCGUUUUCUGCAACGCUUAAGCUAACCAGGAAAAUUCCAACCGUAAAGUUAGCUCGCUACGAUAUAAACACGACUCGUCUUCGCUACCACCGUCAAUUAACAUGUCCGUAAAUAUCCCUAUGUACAAUCCUGUAUCACACAAAAUAACUGUUUUAAAAACUACUUACAUUUAUAUUUGCUUUGCUUCGCUGUUUUGUCCGCCAUGAUUUUCUAAAGAGUUUUGCCGAUAAAACGAAAUGCAUUCUGGGUUAUCCUUACCUCCAAGGUAGGUCUCGUAGAAUCUCAAAAUUAAGGGAGAUAACGCCCCUUAAUCUCGCUCCUUUCCUCAACUUGUUUAGGAAUGGGACAGCACUUAACUUCACGGGAGCGCGCAUUUUGAGGAAUGAGGAGUAAGAUUGAGGAUUAAGCAAAGAAUUGGGAUUCGCCCUUAGUCAAUGCUAAAUCUGAGUAAUCUCUUUAUGGUUAGCUCACAAAUCCUCCAACUAAGUCAAAUAAAGGUGCAAAUGUAAUUCAUUUCAGUUGAUUUCAAAGUUAAGAAUGUAGAUUCAUAGACAGUAACAAAUUCUUGUAGCACAGUCAUGUAAAAACAUUGUCGCACUAAUUUUGUUAUGU